AAACAAUGUACUAUCUUUAGCUUAUUUUUCAGAAUACCCACAACGCUUGAAACACCAUGGCUGGGAAACCAAAGCUAUAUUACUUCAAUGGAAGAGGAAGAAUGGAAUCUAUUCGCUGGCUGUUAGCAGCCGCCGGUGUUGAGUUUGAUGAAGAAUUUUUGGAAACAAGAGAGCAAUUUGAAAAUUUACUCAAAGAUGGAUCCCUGCUCUUUCAACAAGUGCCUAUGGUUGAAAUUGAUGGGAUGCGGCUAGUGCAAACCCGAGCCAUUCUCAACUACGUGGCUGCAAAACACAACCUCUAUGGGAAGGACUUGAAGGAGAGAGCACUGAUUGAUAUGUACGUGGAAGGAACCACAGACCUGAUGGGAAUAAUCAGGGUUCACCACAAAUUGCCUCCGGAACAAAAGGAAAAGAACCUUAGCUUAAUUAUUGAACGAGCCACGGAGAGAUAUUUCCCAGUUUACGAGAAGGUUUUAAAAGACAACGGGGAACGUUUUCUUCUGGGCAGCCUGAUGACCUGGGCUGAUGUCCAACUGAUUGAGACCAUAUUAAUGGCAGAAGAGAAGGAGUCCACUAUUCUUUCUCUGUUUCCUUUGCUGCAGGCCUUUAAAACAAGAAUGUGUGAAGUUCCCACAAUUAAGAAGUUUCUGCAGCCCGGCAGCCAAAGGAAGCCUCCACCAGAUGAAAAAUUUGUAGCAACAGCAAAUCGAGUUUUCAACAGGAAAUAAGAACCUGCAGCAUGUUUUUCGGUGUUAAAAUCCUGUCUGCAAAGGGGCUGUCCUUACCUGUGUCCAUACAAAUGCCUUUUAGCAUUGAAGGAAUGUAGCACUCCACAAUUAAUAAUAAAUACUUUGUUUGUUUUAAAAACUU